GGCUCUUGUGACUUUUCCAACAACGCAAACUGUCAUCAUGACUGCCAUCACACAGAACCUGCCCAGAUUUAUAUCAGACCUUGGAAUAUCGAUAAUUGGACAGAAAUGUUAUUCCUCACUGGUCGAGAACCUUAAUGUCGGAGACGUGGAUUGUCUCAAAUACUCACUCUCCAAGGGCUUGGGCAUCGGUAUCGUAGUAGGAGGUUCUAUCAUGAAAGUUCCUCAAUUGUUGCUUAUCCUUAGCGGACGCUCCGCUCGUGGUCUCUCCUUGCCUGCAUAUGUUCUUGAAACUCUCGCAUAUGCCAUCACCACUGCAUACUCAUACAGAAAUGAGUUCCCAUUCUCGACCUACGGCGAGAAUCUAUUCCUGACUAUACAAAAUACCAUAAUUACCCUCCUGAUCAUCUACUUCCCAACUCCAUCGCUCCGAAAUGCACAAGCCAUUGGCCCACAAUUGGCAAUCGCCAGUGCAGCAUCCGUUUCAUCUGCCGUCGCAUUGUAUAUGUUCCCUAAAGACAUUCUGUCUCUACUGCAGAUGGCCACGUUGCCACUAUCCCUCUUCUCGAAGCUGCCCCAAAUCACGCAGAACGCACGUGCCGAAUCCACGGGCCAGCUCUCCGCCUUUGCUGUCAUUUCUCAAAUUGUGGGCUGUCUUGCCCGAUUGUUCACUACUGCAACGGAGGUCGGCGAUCUCAUCGUCACUGCUGGCUUUGCCCUUGCCCUCGUUCUCAAUCUUGUGCUUGGUGUGCAGAUGUGGAUGUACUGGGGGAGUGACCAGAGAGAAGACUCUGGAAAGACGCAGAUUGGAUCGCUCAGCGAGAAGGAAAAGGUAGAAUGGGCAUCAGAAAGGCAGGGAAGAGUUGAUGUGGUCGUUACUCCGAAGUCUCCUGUACCGCGUCAUACCGCGUCGCCUUCCGGUAGAAAAUGGGCAAGGAAGGUUGAUUAGUACUAUACCUCUGUUAUUUAAUGGACUCUGUUUUAUUUAUUUCAUACACUAUCUGAGUGUGUGCCAAAAUGCUCGAGUACUUUGUUUUGUUGUUGACACCACUGCUUCCGCUAAAUUUGGUGCUAACAACUGCCUUCACAUA